AUGGAAACAGACCGUGUCACACCAACCGACGACAAGGGUAAGCUGCGCAGUCUGUCGGAUCGCAGCAGCUCGGCUUUCGACGUCAUCUCGCCUGCCAGUGCACACCACGAAAAGACGGAGGAUGUCGCAUCGGCGAACGGCAGAUUACAUGACGAUCUUCUUACGCCGUCCAUGGGCUAUGAAUACUCCAAUCUCAGACUGAUCCCAACUACGACAUCGUCCUUUCUAAGGCCGGGCAGUAAGUUCCAUGGCACACAGCAAUCAGAAAGACAGAUAUACGAUGUGCAGGUCGAGAUUAAAUAUGUUGAUCUCAGGGAAUCCUCCAUGUGUGGAUAUCUGAAGAUACAAGGUCUCACGGAAGACAACCCGACACUCACAACGUUUUUUGAAGGCGAGAUUAUCGGCUCGAAAUAUGGUUUUAUUACCAACCAUGCGGACUGGGGCUCGACCGACAAGAUCGACGUGUCGCAUUGGAACAAAUUUACCGCCUUCAGACCAUACGCCAAGACGGUACGGAAAGGCGGGAAUAUCGCCAUCCCCAACCUCGGGUCCAAAGACAACAUAUUCAUGAGGUGGAAGGAGCGCUUUCUCGUGCCGGACCAUCGCGUGAGGACCAUCAACGGAGCCAGUUUCGAGGGUUUCUAUUACAUUUGUUUCAACCAGAAGCUGGGAACCAUUAGUGGCAUCUAUUUCCAUGCCAAGAGCGAAAAAUUCCAGCAAUUAGAGUUGAAGCAUGUUGAAGAUCGGGGCUGUUUCGGAGCAAUGGAAUUUAGGUGA